AUGUCUCAUCCUAAAACAAGGUCUGUCAUCCCAGUUCCCAGCACCCCUGUGCCACUCACACAACACCCCCCCUCACCAUGUCUCAUGCACAAAAAAGCAUCCCUCUACCACUCACAUAACACCCCCUUGCUGUGUCUCAUCCUAAAAAAAGGUAUGUUGUCCCAGUUCCUGGUGUCCCUGUAUGACUUACAGAACACCCCCUUGCUGUGUCUCAUCCUAAAAAGAGCAUCCCUCUAUGACUCACAAAAUAAAAAAAAGAACACCCCCUCACCAUAUCUCAUCCUAAGAAAAGCUCACAGCAUCCCUGUAUCACUCACAAAACACCCCCUUGCCAUGUCUCAUCCUAAAAAAAGGCUAUCAAUUCAUAUCUCCCUCCUGCCACACUGCAUCUCCCUUGCUGUGUCUCAUCCAAUAAGGGAUGGAGGGACAUUGUGGCCUUGUGAUCAGGCAGGUUGCAGAAGGGUAGUGUGUAACAAGUGUGUUGUGGUACUGGAGGAUUGCCUUGAAGAGGUCACCCAGCUUCCUGUGACCUUCAGGUGUGUUGCCUGUCAUUGGAAAAUGACAAGAUUUGAAAGUCCUCAGCCCUAUUUUGGCUUCUACUUGUCAGGAAAGCCAGUCCUGAAACACCCUCUUGUGGUCAUUGGGGGGUUUGAGCAUGCCACCACCUCUGAAGUGGCUGUCUCUGGAGUGUGGAUGAGCCCUGGGGAGGACAGUGAAGCUGGGGUGGAGGCCAAGCCCUCAGAUUUAGGGGAAGAAAUUGGUGGGGCUGGUAUGACCCCUAUAGCAACUUCAUCAGGGGCCCAGGAUAUCCUUGACUCUGGGAGGGCCCCAUCUGAAGAUACCCCUCAUGAAUCCAGCCCUGCUUGUCAUGCCAAUGGGGACAGGGUGAAAUAUUUAAAGUCCCUUUGCAUCAUGCCCAGGUACCAGGAACUUGUUGAGCUUGUAGAUGGCUUGCCAGAGACAGAGAUGCAUGGCAAUGGGGAUUCCUUCUGGAAGGCACUGUAUCAAUUGCAAAGUGAAAAGUUUGCAUCCACCCAGAAAGGUCUUACCAUUGUACUGGGAUUUGGUAUGUUGUGGAGGGAGUGUAAAAGAGCACAGGACAUAGAAUCAGAUGACCCUGAAGCUGCUAAUCUGGGCUUUUUGCUAGGCUUGGGUCUUGAUAUCCACAAGGGGGAAGAUGUCAUGGGUGCAGUAGGGCUGGUAGUUGCAAGACUGCAGCAGAAUUCUGGUGGCUCAAGCAUAGGGCUUGGUGCACAGGAAACAACUGGGGUCAGUGCAGGGGAUUCCUGUCCCACCCAGGGGGGUGGCAUGAAGGAAUCUUGGAAUACAAGAAAGGAUUUGAGGAAAAGAAAAAGGGGAGGCAGUGGGGAUGUUGAUCAGAAGAUGGCAAAGGAGGGUGAAGAGGCAAGCAAGAAAUCAACUAGAGCUCAUCAACCAACCAAGAGAGCUCUGGGUCUUGGUCUAUAG